AUGGAAGAAAAACACAAGGCAGACGGGGUGCGGAAGAAAGGGCGUCCUCUGAAACUUAAGAACCAACAAGCACUAGAGAGGCGCCGCGAACAGCUACGCAUGGCACAGCAAACGUAUCGCACGCGAAAAGAGAACACUAUUGGCAACCUACAGGAUCGUGUCCACGAGCUUGAGGGUGGCAUUGAGCAGCUCAGCCAAUCCUUUCUCACCUUCAGUGAUCUCCUUUUGGACACUGGCCUGCUUGGAAAGCAUUCACACGUCACGUCUGCCCUCCGCAAAAUAACCCAGCAACACCUUUCGCUUGCUGAGACUGGAUGUGCGAGCCCUUAUGAAGGUGCUCUCGUCAAGGAAGCUGGUGCCACUUCAUCCACUGCUUUUGACAAGGAUGAAAGAUGCAGUGACAGUCGCGCAAGGGUGCCGUCAAAUGAAAGAGCUUCUACCGGACUCUCAUCAACCCCGGUGGAAUGGGCUGAGCUGCCGCCCUUAUACACACAAUCAUCCCUUUAUCAAGGCCAACCGGCGCCUCCAAUCAGUCUUGUCAUGCCUCCGCUCGCUACUGAACCACCUAUUCCGCUAUCAUCACUACCAGGUCACUCCCCACCCAUUGCUCUCACUAGAUCGAUCAGGGAAGAGCAGUGGACUUUCUCACAGUAUCUAGUAAAAUUAUGCUGUCAGAAUGGGUAUCAGCUCCUUAUGAACACUCCUGACGACUUCAUAAAGAUUCAAGAAGUUUUCGGGCCAUAUAUGCCUCCAACUGAGCGCAAUAAUCUCAUUUCCUGUUUUCAUGCUGGAAUGCAUGACAAAACUGGAGGGCUUAUUAAUCUCAUGGCCACUGUACUUGCCCCGUUGCGUUCUAAGAGAGAUUAUUAUGCCUCGGAAGAGCUUGCGACCCAGACUGAGAAAUUGGAAUCGGCCGUCGCAUCCGAGGUCGACGGAUGGCUAGAUGCUAGUGGUGUACAGAAAUUCCUCAGCGAGAGGGGAUUUUGCACCCAGGAGAAUGGCCGCCCAUUGUCUCACUCAUACAUUAUUUCGUUGCCUCACGUUGCGGCCCUUGUUCAGUACCUCGCUGCUGAGUGCGUUUGCUUCGGACAUGGUCCGGCGUUUCGACGCCAAACUGUUGAGGCUGCAUUAUGCCUCGCAGGAAAACCAUGA